AUGGCGAUCGACUUCACCCUAUCACCCUACCAGGAGAAACUCAAGGCCGACGCACGGAAGUUUGCCCAGGAGGUCCUGGUCCCCACGCGCGAAGCGUAUCUGAAACUGCCCACACAGGAGGAGCGCUUUCGGGCCACCCGCGAAGCGUACGCCAAGUGCGUGGCCGAGGGAUGGAUCAAGAUCCAGAUUCCCGAGAGCGAGGGUGGGUCGCGCAAGAGCUUGGUCGACUUGGCCCUCAUCACCGAGGAGUUCUUCGCCGCCGACUCCAGCUUUCCCAUCACCUGGCUCGUGACGGGGUUGGGCCUGGCCCCGAUCUUCAUGUAUGGCAACGCCGAGCAGAAGAAACGGUUCUUGGCCCCCUUCAUUGACUGCAAGGGGGACGCGCUGGCGGCUCUGGGCUUUACCGAGCCGGGAGGCAGCGCGAACUACCUCCAGAACGAGGGUGGAUUGGGGGUGCAGACUCUGGCCACGGUCGAGGGCGACGAGGUCGUCAUCAACGGCGGCAAGCAGUUCGCCUCCAACAGCGCUGGGUGGGACUUCAAGGGUCCCGAGAUCUUGACGUUGCUGUGCCGUUUUGGCGACAAGGGAGACCCCAAGGAGACCCUGUCCAUGGUGGUGCUGACCCGCGCCGACUUUGAAGCCGACAAGAACAAAGGCGCCUUCGAGGUGCUCUACGACAUUGAGACGCACGGGUUCCGCGCACAUUCGGGCCCGCGCACCAAGUUCACCAACUUCCGCGUCCCCGUCAAGAACAUCCUUGCGCCACCGGGUAAGGGGGCAAUGGUCAACGUGGCGGCCUUCACCGAGUCGGCGGCCCUGGUGGGCGCAGGGUCCGCGGGCCUGAUGCGGAGCUGCUUCGCACACACGCACAAGAUCGUCACCACCGAGAAGCGCGGUGGCAAUGUCCCGACCAUCAACUACCAGUCGGUCGCAGACUUCCUCAUCAGCAUGAAGAUGCGAGAGGAGACCACCCGCUACCUCACCUGGAAAGCGUGCCACUACCUCGAGACGACGGGCGAGGCUGAAAUGGCCUACCAGGCCAAGGUCUGGGGCUCUGAGAACGCCAUCCAGUGCGUGCUCGAGGCCAUGCAGGCCGUCGGCGUGACCGCGUACGCGACCUCGCAGCCGUACGGGCUGAUGAUGAACGACGCUCUCUGCCUGCCCCUGUUCGAGGGUUCAAACACGGGAAUUCGCCGGCGCCAGAUCCAGAAGAUCUUCACCCAGGCAGGGUAUGACCCGGAGUCGUGCGCGAGUGGCAAGCCGUGGAGUAAGUCGUUGAUGGAUUUCCCCAAGGGGUUCUUGAGUGUUUAUAUCUGA